AUGAAACCUUCAAGCUUAUCUUCAAGUGAUUACGAAAGGUUGAUCGAUUUAACUUCUGACUUAACAUUAAAAUCUUCCUUCAACAGCAAUUCGUGUGCCGAAUUUUGGUUAAGUUUGAAAGACAAAAAUUAUGAAGGUUUAAGCGAGAAAGCGAAAACACUAUUUUUACCCUUUGCCACUACUUACUUAUGCGAGUCAGGAUUUUCGUCAUACGCUGCAACUAAAACCAAAUACCGCAACCGCCUCAAUGUUGAACCUGACCUCCGACUCCAAUUAUCAAAAAUAAAACCUGACAUUGCAAAACUGUGCCAAAAUAAGCAGCCACAUACAUCACAUUAA